CUUCCCAACAUGAUUCCUAUAAGCAGCCUUGGGUCUGACUUAGGGGAUCUUAACAAAAAAUGGCUAAUCCUCCAAACAUAAAGGCCUUAGGUUGCUUUCUUCUCCUCAAUCUUGUUUCUUUUUCAUCCUUUUCUUUUGCAUUAACUGAUAAUGAAGCCGCUCUCAUCGCUCGUCGCCAGCUUACCGCUGGUACUGGUGAUCUUCCAAAUCCAGUUGAAUAUGAAAAGAACAUUAAGUUGACAUUUGCAAAUGCUAGGUUAAAGAAAGCUUACAUUGCUCUUCAAGCUUGGAAAAAAGCUAUUUACUCUGAUCCAUCAAAUUUCACUAGUAAUUGGGAAGGUCCUGAUGUUUGUGCAUAUAAUGGUGUUUUUUGUGAUAAUGCAUUAGAUGAUCCCAACAUCUCUGUUGUUGCUGGUAUUGAUCUUAAUCAUGCAGACAUCGCGGGGCACCUCCCUGUAGAGCUCGGGUUCCUAUCCGAUGUUAGUCUUAUUCAUAUUAAUUCUAAUCGAUUCUGUGGAAUCGUCCCUAAGAGUGUUUCAAAUCUUAAACUUUUAGAUGAGAUUGAUUUCAGCAACAACCGUUUCGUGGGGCCAUUCCCUAAGGUUGUGCUGGAGUUGCCAAACCUUAAAUACCUUGAUCUUAGGUACAAUGAUUUUGAAGGAUCAGUGCCUUCUGAACUAUUUGAUAAGAGUCUUGAUGCUAUUUUCCUAAACAAUAAUCGUUUCCAUUCCACCAUUCCUCCAAAUAUUGGCAAUUCCAAUGCCUCAGUGGUGGUUUUGGCUAACAAUAAAUUCCAUGGUUGCAUCCCUCAUAGUAUUGGCAAAAUGGAAAACACAUUAGAUGAGCUUGUUUUCACCAACAACAAUCUCUCUGGUUGUGUUACAGACGAAAUCACUAAGCUCAAGAGCUUAACGGUUUUUGACAUUAGCAGAAAUAAGUUUGUUGGAUCCUUGCCUCAGGGUUUGAAAUUCAUGCAGAAAGUGCAAGUACUUGAUAUUGCAUCAAACAUGUUUAUAGGAGAAGUUCCAGAGGCUAUUUGCACCUUACCAAAUUUGGCCAAUUUCACAUUCUCUUACAAUUAUUUUGAUGCCUUGGACAAAGCUUGUGCACCACCACUUAAGAAAAAUCUUGUGGUAGAAGAUAAGGAAAAUUGUUUAGGAGGAAGACCAGACCAGAGAAAAGAGAGAGAUUGUCAAUCUGUUUUGAGCAAACCUGUGGAUUGCAGUAAAGAUAAAUGUAGAGCUAACAAAGAAGGACCAGCACCAAAGGAACCAAAUCCCCCUAUGCCACCCAAAAGAACUCCUUCAACCCCAAAACCACCUAAGUCU